UGAAAACAACAUGGUAGAGGAAACACGCAGCUUCUAGCGGAACAGACAGUCUGGCGAUGGCAUGUUCUACACAGCGGGUCCCAAUUCACCGCACACACUGGACGACAACCACAAUAAUCACCUGAGAGUAAUGACAGUUGAAAGAGGAGUGUCAGGGUUCUGGAGCCAACAGAAUGGAGCGUGAAAUGUCUCCAGUGAUGCAGUGAUUUCCUCUGAAUCUGAGCAGUCGGGCUGAAAGGAAGCACACUGGCUCUGCCUAGUUGCAGCAAGAUCUUUUGAGUGCAUAUCAGCGGCAUCAGGACCAUUCUCUCUCUCUCUCUGAUUGGAUAGACAGCCUGACGGUUGGAACUCAACAUGCCAGUGAUGUCAACGCCAGACUUCAGACUGUAACCAUGGGCAACGUGGAGAGCCAGAACGGCGAUCACGCCUUCUACGGCACCCAACAUGGCCACCUGUCCCGUAAGCACAUGUCUCGAUCUCUCCGCGUCUCCAACAAGCACCAUCAGUCCCAGUCCAGUUCUGGUUCCACCUGCCGCUCCCGUGACUGUCACGCCUCGCAAGGCAAAGUAGAUCACCGAAACUCUGAGACCUCCACGCGUUCCAGCAGCACCCCUAGUAUCCCACAGUCCUUAGUAGAUCACGCCCUGGAGCCCUUCAACCAGACCAAUGUCCUGUCAGACUACUCCUCUCCGAUCUGGGUGGACCGCGUGGCCAUGAACCUCCGGCCCGUCUCCUGCCAUACCCACCUAGACAACCCAUCUGUAACACUCCAUCAAGACGCAGAGUCAUCUGGGACUAGACCCCACGAACCCCAGGGUCUACAGGACAGAGGACUGGGCCUAUACAGUAACACAGGGGAGGCGACCUACCUUCAGAAGACUAGAGACGGACCUAGGGAACCCCGAGAGGUGGUCAGCUUCAAGAAGAAGAGAUCCAAAUCAGCCGACAUGUGGAGAGAAGACGACAGUCUGGACUUAAGUCUGUCAGACCUCAGCCAGGAACACCUCACCAGCACAGAGGAGGUAGAAGACCUCCCUGAUUGUGACGGCCUGCUAGGGCUCGUGGCCCCUGGGGGUCUGGAGAGUCUGGACGCAGCAGGCCGGGCCAACUCCCUGGACCAGCUCUACGGGGGUCAGAAGACCCCGACCCGCCGACCCGCUGGACGCUACGCUAAGUGGCACCAUGACGCUAACCUCUCCGCCCGGGAGGGUGAUGAGAUGGUGUCUCCGGAGGAGGAGGAGGAUGGGAACCCGUACGGGGCGUAUACUCUGCCCUGCCGACGCUCACACUGCCUGUCUGAGGGGCUAACCAAUCCCCGGGCUGCCACCGGCUCCACUAUGCAGGGUCGCAGGGCACAGACCAUACAGGAUGUGACUGCUGGAGAGGGCAGUGAGUACGAGGACAGUGGCAUAGACGGGGUGACGGCUUCGGGGGCGGAGCAUCAGUCCCGGCGCUAUAAGACCAUGUCUAUGUCCUUCUCCGUGUGCUCGGCGGCGGGGCGGAGCCUGUUCGCUGGCAGUGACAGCGGAAGCAGCAGUGGGGGAGGAGCCAGUGAGGGAGUUCAGGGGGUCUACGAGAACUUCAGACAGGAGUUGGAGAUGAGCUCAUGUCAGACAGAGAGUCUGGAGGAGGCGGGGUCAGCCCUGAGUGACGAGCAGAGCACCAUGAGUUCAGCCUACCAAUCAGAUCCCCUGCACGGCGUCGUCCAUGGAACCGUGCGGAAGGCAGGCCGGCUGGCCGUCAAGAACUUCCUGGUUCACAAGAAAAGCAAGAAGGUGGAGUCGGCCACCAGGAGGAAGUGGAAGAGCUACUGGGUCUGCCUCAAAGGAUGCACUCUGUUCUUCUACGAGACGGACGGACGGUCGGGGAUCGACCACAACAGUGUCCCUAAACAUGCGGCGUGGGCUGAGAACAGUAUCGUACAGUCCGUACCUGAACACCCCAAGAAGGACUUUGUCUUCUGCCUCAGCAACUGUCUAGGGGAUGCAUUUCUCUUCCAGACGUGCAGUCAGACGGAGCUGGAGAACUGGAUCACGGCCAUCCACUCGGCGUGCGCGGCGGCCGUUGCCAGGCAGCAUCACCGGGAGGACACGGUGCGUCUGUUGAGGGCGGAGAUUAAGAAGCUGGAGCAGAAGAUCGACAUGGACGAGAAGAUGAAGAAGAUGGGAGACAUGCAGCUCAGUGCCGUGACCGAUACCAAGAAGAGGAAGACCAUACUGGACCAGAUCUUUCUGUGGGAGCAGAACUUGGAACAGUUUCAUAUGGGUUUGUUCCGGUUCCGGUGUUACCUGGCCAGUCUGCAGGGAGGGGAGCUGCCCAACCCCAAACGCCUGCUAGCCGUAGCCUCCAGACCCACUAAACUGGCCAUGGGACGCCUCGGAAUCUUCUCUGUGUCGUCCUUUCAUGCUCUGAAGAGUCAUGAGGGGAAAAGUCUUCCUCAGGUCAACUCAGACAGUCACAUGACAGACAGUGAUAUCUGGGUGCCUGAGCACCUGACCCCGUCCUGGGUGUGUCUUCCUAACGACCAGCCUGUCCUCGCCAUCAUCCAGCCUGGAGAGUCUGCUCUGUACGCGCUAGAGACCAUCUGCAAGGUAACUAUAGCAACUCAACUAACCUAUACCGGGGACCAUCUGCAAGGUCUGAAUGCGGGCGAUGAGAUCUUGCAGCUGAAUGGGAAAGACUCGUGCAGAUUGAAGUUCGGGGACAUGAAGGAUGCGUUUUCCCAGGCCUCUCUGUCCCUGACCGUCAACACUCUGCCCUCCACGGACCGACGACAGCUCUGCUACCUGCCCCCCCGACGCUCUGACGCACAGGAAGUCCUCCACACAGACAUCUUCUCUGUGAACCAGGAGGAGAUUCUGGAUGACAGGGUUGGUCUGAUGCUGGAUAGUUCUGGAGCCAGCCUGGACCUCUACUCUGAGAUCUUCUGCGGUUCUGGAGCCAGCCUGACGACGUUCUCUGAGAUCUUCAGUAGUCAGACCAAUGCAAAAAGAGACGAGACGUCCCCUCUCUGCACCGUCUGUAAUCUAGAGAUGUCCCCCUCUGCACCGUCUCCUCCCAUGUCUGCCCUGAAGAGGAGCAAGCGCUCCUCAGAGUCCAUCUCUGACAUGCUGUAUCUGAGUACAGAGCAGGUCGCAGCAUUCUGCCGCAGUCUCCAUGAUAUGAAUCCGUCUGAGUGUGCCUCGACCUCCUCAUCCCCCAGCCUGGACUCACCCGUCCGUCCCCCUGCCACCAGCACCGCCAGUCGCCAGCUCUCCGACGCCGACAAGCUACGCAAAGUAAUCUGUGAGCUCGUUGAGACGGAACGCACCUAUGUCAAAGAUCUCAAUUGUCUCAUCGGGAGGUACUUAACCCCGCUGCAGAAGGAGACGUGCCUCACUCAGGAUGAGCUGGACAUUCUGGUUGGGAACCUGCCUGAGAUGGUGGAGUUCCAGGUGGAAUUCCUGAAGACUCUAGAAGACGGGACCAGAUUGGUCCCAGACCUGGAGAAGCUGGAGAGAGUGGACCAGUUCAAGAAAAUUCUCUUCUCUCUAGGAGGUUCCUUCCUGUACUAUGCAGAUCGGUUUAAGAUCUACAGUGCGUUCUGCGCCAGCCACACCAAAGUCCCCAAGGUGCUCGUAAAGGCUAAGACCGAUGCAGACUUCAAGGCCUAGUUUCUGGAAGAGAGGAACCCGAAACAGCAACACUCCUCAACCCUGGAGUCCUACCUGAUCAAACCCAUCCAGAGAGUUCUGUCCUAAUACCCACUACUACUGAGAGAGCUGUACUCACUGACGGACCCUGAUAGUGAAGAGCACUAUCACCUGAAUGUUGCUAUGAAGGCCAUGAACAAGGUGGCCAGUCACAUCAAUGAGAUGCAGAAGAUCCACGAGGAGUUUGGGUUGGUGUUUGACCAGCUCAUAGCGGAGCAGAGUGGAGACAAGAAAGAGGUUGCUGAUCUGUCAAUGGGUGACUUGCUGCUCCACACCAGCGUAGCCUGGAUCAACCCUCCCUCCUCCCUGGGCAAAUGGAAGAAAGAACCCCAACUGGCUGCAUUCAUCUUCAGAACAGCCGUGGUGUUUGUGUGUAAGGAUGGAUCCAAGCAGAAGAAGAAAAUGGGUGGCUCCCAUCGAGUGUCGUCAGUCUCGUCUGAAGACAAGGACCCAUUCCGCUUCCGUCACAUGAUCUCCACAGACACGCUCCAAGUCCGAGCCCUCAAUAACCAAGACGGAGAGGGCUCUGCCGUGUGUGACAUCGUCCACGUCAAGUCGGAGUCAGAAGGACGGCCUGAGAGGACAUUCCACCUGUGCUGCAGUUCUGUGGACAGUAAGAAGGACUUCCUGAAGACAGUCCACUCCAUCCUGAGAGAUAAACAACGACGUCAACUGAUGAAGACCGAGUCUCUACCCCCCAACCAGCAGUAUGUCCCCUUCGGAGGCAAACGCCUCUGUGCCCUGAAGGGAGCCAGACCUGCCAUGAACAGAGCAGCGUCAGACCCGGCGAGGACCCUGGGCCGGAGGAAACUGGUGAGGAACCGUUUCACUAUCGACACAGACAUCGUCUUCGACGGCGAGCCGGACCUGGAGUCCCCUCUGUCUCCACUGGCUUCCGAAGAGCCUGAUGGACGGGGACGGGAACGGGGGGAUACAGACCGCUGGGUGGAGGAGCAGAUGGACCUGGAGCGCUACGAGGCGGAGCAGGAGGCGGAGGUGAAAGGAGGAGGAGACGUGAAAGAAACAGAGAUCCUUAGUGGUGAUGAUGAUGAUUUCUGCCUGUCUGUCAGAGGACCCUACACUGAAUCACUGUCCAACACCGACCUAGAUGGGCCUAUCGGGGCCCUGUCCCUGGGAGAGGAAGGCCAAGAGAGGGGCCCUAAACACCCCCUGCCCCAGGGAGCCAUGGGGACCACCACCCCAGGGAUGAGACUUUCCCACCUGGGGAAGCAGUGUGGCCUAGCUGGGAUGAGUGUGGAUGACCAGGGGGCUGGGGAGGAAUGUGAGGACAUCUGGCUACGCAGGGAGAACUGUCCCCCGGUCUCAGGGGGUCAGACACUACAGAGCUAGAGUACAAGAUCAGCGGAUAGUUACAGACAGUGUGUCUCACCACUCAGACAGAGAGCUUUAUAUGAGUUACAAAUGGCACCCUUUUCCCUAUUUGGGGCCCAUAAAGUUCUGGUUGAAAGUAGUGCACUAUAUAGGGAAUAGGGCCCUGUCUGAAGCAGUGCACUAUAUAGGGAAUAGGGUUCUAUAGGGCCCUGUCUGAAGCAGUGCACUAUAUAGGGAAUAGGGCUCUAUAGGGCCCUGGACUAAAGUAAUGCACUAUAUAGAGAAUAGGGCUCUGUUCUAAAGUAGUGCACUAUAUAGGGAAUAGGGCCCUGUCUAAAGCAGUGCACUUUAUAGGGAAUAGGGCCCUGGUCUAAAGUAGUGCGCUAUAUAUAGGGAAUAGGGUUCUAUAGGGCCCUGGUCUAAAGUAGUGCACUAUAUGUAGGGAAUAGGGUUCUAUAGGGCCGUGGUCUAAAGGGUGCCAUUUGGGAAGCAUCCAUGAGCUUCAAGAAAUAAUCAGUAAGCAAUCAAACCCCACCCAUCAAUAUUACAUGUGCAUAGAUAUGCAUGGCACAGCUACUUCAAGCUGCUAUAUCGACUCCUUGUCAGUGUACUUGAAUGCCUUGUUGUGUACAGAUACACAAACUGAAGCCCUCCAAUGGGAGCAAUACUGGAAUACAGGGAGGGGUCUUAUUGAAUCAACCAAUCAUACGGAGACAUGGAGGGGUCUUAUCCAAUCAUAUGGUGAUGUGGAGGUCAAACUGUGAGAGACUGACUUGCUGGCUGGCUGGCUCACUGUCCGACAGUACAAUCAUGGACCCUAAUCAAUACUGUUGCUUGGCAUGGUUUGCACAUUGGGGCAGAUACCAGGGGGUACUAUAGGUUCCUGCACAUUGUUGUCAAGUGUGCGUAUUUGUUUUGAACACAUGAAACGCAGCGUUGUGACGAUAACUACUGUUCCAAGAAGGAGGGAAACGAGGUACAACACACUAUGGGGAGUCGCUCUUCAGGGUGAAGGAUCUAGAAUCCUAGAAUCCUAGCCCUAUUUACAUCCUCUCCUUGCUGGAAGCCACGCCUUCCACAGGUGAUGAGCGUGAGGCUCAGAUUAAUUCCUUCAACUUAAUACCGCUCUUUACCGAGCCCAGGAACGGGCGGAGCUGGGCCAAACAGGUGUUGUACCUCGUUUCCCUCCUUCAGAAAACAGCAGUUAUAGUCAUAACGUUAUGUUCCCUUCCAGACAGUCAACAUACUAUGGGGGAAAUAUAAUCCCUCCCCAAGCCAACCCUAACGAACCUGACCCCACCAAAUGCGGCAGUCACACGGUGCGCUGCCUAGUGACGUCCCCUUGUCCCAGCCGUAAGCACACUGUGUGACAUCCAGGCGAUAAAACCUCACAAGUGUGUGGUGAUGCCCAACUAUCUCCUAAAGUCAACGCUUUAAACAACGGCCGAAACACGUUGCCAGACUCCCGGUGGAGUGGGCACGUACACCGCGCUAGGUAACGCCUUGCUGCUAAAUGCCAGAGAGAGAUCCCCCACAAUCCAGUGGGAGAGACUCUGCUUAGAGAGCGUCCUGCUGGAUUAGCAAAACAGAGAAAAAAAACAAUAUGCUGGUCACAUGACCAGAUAUCCCAGGACCGUUCAAUAUACGUGAAGUGAAGUUCGCACCGGACACACGGCAUGUAACCUCCGUUGCUCUUCAGAAAGCAAACAGAGGAGGGUGAAAAGGGAAAUAGCUCAAAAGCUAAGGAUCUGUAGGACAUGUCGGAGAAAAGGGCGCAUUUGGAUGCAAGUUCACCUUAAGAGUCGCUCAGGGGGGGGGACUGAGUACAGUGAAGGGUGUACGGAUAACGCGCGGGAGAUCCCCGAGCCAUGAGCAGGGAGGCUUUGAAGGCCAGGGUAUUCAGAUCCACCAGACUCCAGAGGGGGAUGCGUACAGCGCUGCCAAGUGAGUGAGUGAGUGAGGUGAGUGAGGUGAGUGAGGUGAGCGAAGUGAGCGAAGUGAGCGAGCGAAGUGAGUGAGUGAGUGAGUGAUAUUAAAUUCAUAGACAACAGAACCUCUUCAUAUCUGGUCAACAGCAGUACACUGUCAGAAGUUCAGGGUAAGUCUCUUUGAAAAGAUGGGGGCCCACCCACCCAGAUCGUUGAAAGGGGGCGCCCACCCACCCAGAUCGUUGAAAGGGGGCCCCACCCACCCACCCAGAUCGUUGAAAGGGGGCCCCACCCACCCACCCAGAUCGUUGAAAGGGGGCCCCACCCACCCAGAUCGUUGAAAGGGGGCCCCACCCACCCACCCAGAUCGUUGAAAGGGGGCCACACCCACCCAGAUCGUUGAAAGGGGGCCCCACCCACCCACCCAGAUCGUUGAAAGGGGGCCCCACCCACCCAGAUCGUUGAAAGGGGGCCCCACCCACCCAGAUCGUUGAAAGGGGACCCCACCCACCCAGAUCGUUGAAAGGGGGCCCUACCCACCCAGAUCGUUGAAAGGGGGCCUACCCCCCAGAUCGUUGAAAGGGGGCCCCACCCACGCGGCAUCUUUUUUUUAUUCAACUCUUAUUUUACCAGGUCAGUUGGCUGAGAACACGUUCUCAUUCACAGCAAUGACCUGGGGAAUAGUUACAGGAGAGAGUAGGGGGGAUGAAUGAGUCAAUUGGAAGCUCAGGGAUGAUUAGGUGGCCAUGAUGGUAUGAAGGGCAGAUUGGGAAUAUAGCCAGGACACUGGUUUAGCUAAUUCAGGGUUGGACAGUUGUUGGUGUCAGUUCUUCUAUGAAAUCUGGAAAGGGGUAGGUGGCACUUGACUGUGGGGUCAGGUACUUCCCACCGAUCCUUGAUGACUUCUGCCGCGGGGGGGUUGAACACGGCCACGUCAUCUCCAAAUGCAUCGCCGCCCUGCGGCACAGUUCUGGUACCUCUAUUCCCGUAGCGUGUGGAGGUUGCGGCCCCAGAACUAAGUCCUCUUCGUCAUCCGAGAAACUCCCGGAGCAGUCAAGAGACACCCAAGUCGUCAUCCAAACCCUGGGCCCUGUAUGUAACCAACCGUCUCACUUAUCCCCCUGUGUUAAUGCUAGUUCCACCUGUUUCCCGACAACAGCCCCAAGUCUCUCUCCGCUUCCUGCACCUCAGUCCCAGCCGAUGUGUCUGCAUCUGGGAAGGGAAAGUUGCCAUCGGUAACACGAAACUUCCUCAAGAAUUCGACAUGUAUUUUUAGGGAGUUCGCCCGCAGUACGUGGCGAUGGGCACACUGACUGACUGGUUGGAGGGAGGGCCACCUGAGCAUGCUCCAAGCCCGAGACAAACUACUCAGAAAUGAUCUUUCAGAGAAAUACUAUAACCGUGUGACUGGGGGACAGUUUUUAGUUGGCGCCAUGUAACGUCUCACUUUAUAAUUGUUUGUUUUAGUAGCCUGAAUCGGUUCCUGUUCACAUCAAGGUGUGCUGUGGGUCAGGGUCAGGGGUCGGAAGGUUGUUAUG